AUGGCUUACUUCACAGAACAUGGCUUACUACAUAAGUACCAAUCAGGAUUUCGUACUAACCAUUCUUGCGAAACUAUUCUUCUCAAAUUAACAGAUGACUGGCUCGAAGCAAUAGACAAAGGACUCUUUACGGGAGUAGAUAUGAUCGACCUGCGCAAAGCUUUUGAUGUAGUGGAUCAUGCAUUGCUACUAAGGAAGCUAGAAAUAUAUGGUCUUGAUUUUAACACUCUGAAAUGGUUUCAAAGUUAUUUAGAUGGAAGUUCUCAAAAGGUAUGCAUUGUUGGAAUGUUAUCAAAGCCGCUCUUUAUCGAAUCGGGUGUGCCUCAAGGAAGUAUCUUGGGCCCUGCUUUAUUUUUAAUAUUUAUUAAUGAUUUACCUAAUUAACACUUGCCAAUAACAUUGGUCUUUUUGCAGACGACUCCACUCUCUACGCUUCAGGUUCACCUUACCAGAAGUUGAGGAGAAACUUAAGCCUGAUUUUAUCGACAUCUCAACAUGGGUUAAAGAUAACAAAAUGAAACUGCAUCAAUCGAAAACUGAAAGUACAGUAUAGCAUUAUUUCUAGUUGUCAGAAAUUAGCUAACUCUAGGCCUCGAGUCAAGCCUUAAUCUAACUUUUGAUGGGGAACCAAUAACCCAUGCAGGUGUAAUCUGAGCGUGUUUUGGGAGUGUAUAUCGAUAACCAUCUCACUUGGUCUACCCGUAUUGAAAAUUUACAUCAGAAAUUGCUUAAAAGAAUAGCUGUCUUAGGGAGAGUGAGAAAAUAUGUUCCAAAACACUACCGUCUAAUGUUAUAUAAUGCAAGCAUCAAGCCAUUGUUUGAAUACUGCUGUUCUGUUUGGAGCAGUUGUAGUCAGGGUAACAUCGAUGAUCUUUUCAAAUUGCAAAAACGUUGUGCAAGACUGAUUUUGGAUAGCCAUUCAACAUCAGUAUCUUUUGAGAAUUUCCAAAAAUUAGAGUGGCUCGCAAUCGACCAGGUGUUUGUAUAAAAAACCUUUGUCUCUUGCAAAAAAUUAUCAAUGGUCAAGCUAGCUCCAGAAUCUCUAACAACGAAAUUAGCAACUUUCCGAUUCCAACAUCUAUAUAGUUUGAGAACAAAAAUUGAGUAUCGUCUUCCGAAGCCUAAAACCAAUGCACUAAAAAGAACAUUUUUCUAUUCAACAUUAAAAUAUUGGAGUACAUUGGGUGAAGAGAAGAGAAGAAUAGUACAUUUAAAGUAAUGAAGUCGAAGUUGCACCAUACCCUCUUUUCCAAAUACACAGUUGACAAUUUCAAAGUUCAAAGAUAAUAUUAACUCACAUAUAAACUUAUUAUUUUAUUAAUAGUGUGUUUUAUCAUCUUUUUAUUUUUAUUUACCAGUACAUUUUUUUACGAUAACAUAUUUCUGUAUUUAUUUUGAGGGCCACUAGGGAGAAUACGUUACUGUAAUUGGUGUUACCCUCGUAAGUGUAUUGUAUUGUAUUGUAUUGUAUUGUAUUGUAUUGUAUUGUAUUGUAUUGUAUUGUAUUGUAUUGUAUUGUAUUGUAUUGUAUUGUAUUGUAUUGUAUUGUAUUGUAUUGUAUUGUAUUGUAUUGUAUUGUAUUGUAUUGUAUUGUAUUGUAUUGUAUUGUAUUGUAUUGUAUUGUAUUGUAUUGUAUUGUAUUGUAUUGUAUUGUAUUGUAUUGUAUUGUAUUGUAUUGUAUUGUAUUGUAUUGUAUUGUAUUGUAUUGUAUUGUAUUGUAUUGUAUUGUACUGUAUUGUAUUAUGAUCUUGUUGAAUCAUCUUAUUUUAUUAUGUUCUUGUUAAGACAUGUCGGGUUCCAAAUCUUCUUGAUAGUUCAUAAUAAAUUUUAGCAGGCAUGCGAGAACAUUAUAGAUGCAUAGAAGUUGUCAGGAUAACAGGUGGUGCCAAUAUACAUUUGCAGAGUUUUAAAAGCCUUUUCAGUUUCCAUAAUUGAUACAUAACAUCAACAUUUCUGCUUAUAAUUGAUCUAUUUCAUUUUAGAAAAUGUCAUAGUCAGGGUUGAUGGCACACAAAUCAACUGUUUAUGCCAAGGAAAUAUAUCAAAUAGGUCAUAUCAGUUGAAGGUCAUUCAUCAGCAACAAAUAAUGACAAGUAUGGAAAUUAGAAGUAUAAUCGAUGCAUAUAGUUCUUGAAUAGAAUGAUAUAAUUCAGCAUACCAGAUCCAUGCAAUAAUAUUUUGUUGUGGAAGAAAAUCCAAUAAUAUAAACAGAAUAGUAUGGCCGGUUAGUUUUGUACAUUGUGUGCUAUAAAUAAGAUCCCAUUAUGACAUAUGGUUGUUGUUGAUUAUAAGACAAUAUAGUAUAGGAUGUGCAUGGGAAGGGGGAUAUAAAGCACCUGGUGUUCCAAUUGGCAAUGACAUUCACUCAUUCAGUUGCAGAAAUCAGGGUGGAUGAAGACGGGAGCACCCUCUCCAGGAUAUAUAGUUAUAUACUGCAAGUUGAUAAUUAUGACUGGUUGCAACUGUUACUAUAAGUAUAAUUGAUAUUCCAAUCUAAAGCUGAAUAUGUGCUCUUUAUGCAGCCACUAUUACUUUGGCUUUGCUUUAAUGAAAGCAAUUAAUCAAUGUUUCCAAUAUGUAUUUCCAAUGAGAAAUGUUUCCAAUAUGUGUGACUUAGCUUCUGACUCUGCUAAAUUUGUAUAAAAAUGAUCUAUCAAAGUCUGCUUGUCUGUAAUGAUUAUGAAAUCAGACACCAAUUGUCUAUAGUUAUGAUCGUUGAUAAAGAAAUUAUAUAAAGGCCUUCUAUUGGUUUUAUUCAACUAAUUUAUAUUAAUUAAAGUCACCAAUGAAAAUGUUAAAUUGAGAAGUACAUAAACAUCAACCGCAACUCGAUAUACACCUGCAAUGGUAACAUGUGGAAUACUUUCAGUUUCAUAAUAGUAUUCACAAUGCCAUUUGCUAUAUUCAGACUAGUAAAAUGACGUUGUUUUGACUGCCUUUGAUGUAUAAUUUUAAAUGUAAAUUCACAAAUUUCCCUUUGUUUCACCCAUCAGGAAACCGCAAUUCUGAAAUUAUUAUCAUUACGUCAUUUCAUCUAUACGCUGUCGCUGAUUGGCUAAGGGAACGCUUACAGACGUUCGGUACGCGCACGAUAGCAAUAUAUCUGCAUUCGCAGAUAAAAAACAACUUGAAUUUUUUAUUCGGUAUUUUCUAUAAGUUUUAUUUAUUCGGCUUCGCUUCCAAGCAUCUUGCAAUAAUUGCAUUAAAAAAGCUGGGACACUACAACAGCUUAACACCAAUUACAGUGGGUCCUUUAUAAAGUAACAGCAAGUUAAUGGUCGGAUGAGACUUCUACUUGUGUUACAUUGAAAAUGUUAAAAGUUUAUGACUGUCACCUGGAAAGUCUCGGUCUGCAGUUACAAAUAGCUGAGUAAAACGUUUCGUUUAUUGUUUUUUUGGAGACUUGGAUCUACUUUUUAAAUUUGAGGUCAUAAUAUUUGGCUUUUUCGAAUCUACAGUUGAGUAGAAUUUAAAAAUAUUUCUGCCACAAGGGUGCACACUUACACACACCAAGGUCAUUUGAUACAUGCAUGUGAAAGUUAUUUUAGAAUAUUAAUUAUUUUGAGAAAAUAACCAAGAAUCUGGUGAAAAGGUCUUGGUAACAAGAUAGAACAAGGUCCUGGAAAUAGAAUAAUUACGUAAUAAUAUAUUUAUUAUAAAUAUUUAUAUUCAAUAUUUAUAUUAAUAUUUAUAAUACAUAGCAUUUGUAAAUUCUGAACGCUGAUUGGAGUGAUUGGCUAAGAGCUGUGUUGACAUAACUCGAUGUCAACACGAGAAAAUUUCUUUCUUGAUAUAUCUUUGUGCUAUACUAUAAAAAUAUAUAUAACUAGAGGGCACUCAGAGACUGCAUACCUCCGCCCGUUACUCGGAAGUGAAAUGUAACCUUGGAAUUUCCUAAGAAAUCCACUUUAUAAUUCUUAAGCAUAAAAGAUUUCAGGCCCCCGCGAAUUGAAAUCGAAUUGCUAAUAGAACAUAUUACUGUUGUUGUACUGUACAGUACUUGUAAAAUAAAAACUUAUUAAGUGUCAUUAAAUAAAUGCAUAAAUUUUGCUUUAUGCACUCGCGCGUGCAGUAAUUUUCACAGUUGUGCUAUUUUAAAUUCCCAGGCAGCUAAAAUCUUUUGUCUUUAAAACAAUGUCGAUUUCUUGGGAAAUUCCGAAGUUGCGUUCUUUUUAUACACCCUGUAUUGAAGUAAUCUAAUGUUGUUAGAAUUUGAAUGGACUGGCACUUUGCUGAACGUAAUAAUGCGUAACUCCGUAAGCCUUGUUUUAGACAUUGAAUUUCGGUCGCGUGAAAUGCAACUAAGACAAUAGAUAAUGAAGGCCGAAGCUUAAUGAGGUUUAUCAUCUCAUUACUGUCUUAGCACUGAGUGCAUAAAUUAUACACGUCCUAAUUACGCAUUCAGUAAUAUAUUUUGUUAAUUGACCGGGAAAAGCAAGACAAAAUUUUGUUCAUUUCUCGUUCAAUUUUUAACCAAAUUCAACCAAAUUUUAAUCAGUUCUUCCUUAGCCGAUGGGCAAUGCAUUCAAAAAAUUUCGUACGGAUAUGUUUGGUAUUUCUUGAGUUAUCGUGUUCACAGACAAACACACACACACACACAUACACACACACACACAUACACACACACACACACACACAUACACAUGAUUACAUAACCUCCUGGCGGAGGUAAUGAUUACAUAACCUCCUGGCGGAGGUAAUCAACACUCGUGGAAAUUGGAAAAACUUAAAAUUGUGUGGAAACACUCCGCCCUCCGCGAGAAGUCGUGUUUCCACACAAUUUCUUGUUUUCUUAAUUUCCACUCGUGUUGAUACAACCGGUACAUGCAUAUCAACACGGAAAAUGUUUUAUAUUUGUUAAAUAUUAUUAAUAUACAAAUAUUACAUUAUUAUAAAGGUAUUAAAAAUAAUGAUAUCUUGAUAAUAAGAUAUUUUGUGUUGAUAUAACAAGAUUCCAGGAUUCCAAGAUUCCAAAAACAAUUAGGUUUCCAAGAUACCAGAUUCCAGGUUUACUGUGUAUAAAGUAAUUGGCUUGAUUACAGCUAAUCCGUCUUAUAUUUAACAAAUAUAAAACAUUUUCCGUGUUGAUAUACAGUUAUAUCAACACGAGUGGAAUUGGGAAAACGAGAAAUUGUAUGGAAACACGACGCCCGAAGGGCGGAGUGUUUUCAUACAAUUUCGAGUUUUCCCAACUUCCACGAGUGUUAAUAUAACUAUAUAACAAUACGGAAAAAAUGUUUUAUAUUUUUUUUAUAAUAUAGCAAUGUCAAAAGCCCGAAGGAUAAGAAAAAUUUCCGUGUUUACAAGCGGCAGAAAAUUUCCCGUGUUGACAUUGAGUUAUAUCAACACGGCUCUUAGCCAAUCAGCGUUCAGAAUUUACAAAUGCUAUAUUAUAAUUCAUUUCAUUUAGCACCAUGAAGCGUUUUACGCGCAUCGCUGUCGUAUCUUUCCUAUUUUCAUCCUUGGUUCUCAUCGAAAGCGAAGCUGUAGACCAAACGGAGCAAGCAAAGGCUGAAUCGUUUCUGAAAAAUGUCAAUAAAAUCUUGGCGCAGAAAGACUACGAAGACAAUGUGGCCUCCUGGGCGUUCGAUACUAACAUUACGGACUACAACUCUGCGGUGAAAGUCCAAGUCAGUCUCGCCUAUAGCAAAGCUUACGCAGAAAUCCAAAAGAAUGCUUCCCGAUUCGAUUUGAGCAAAUUGAAAGAAGACGCCGCGCAACAAAUUAAGUUCCUGCGCAAUUCGACGGAGCUGAAAAACCAAACUGAACUUAAAGAGGCCGAGAAUCUUGGUUCCAAAAUGAGCAAAUUGUACAGCACGGCCACAGUAGGCACCGCUUCGUUCAGUCCGGAGUUAGUUGACAUCAUGGCGAAAUCACGCGAUUAUAAUAAACUCCUCAACGCUUGGUGGGGAUGGCGCAAUGAAUCCGGGCGCAAAAUUCGAGACCUCUACAGACGUUACGUGUAUUUAACAAACAAAGGUGCGAGAGAGAACGGUUACACUGAUCGCGGACAGGAAUGGAGAGGAAAAUACGAGGUUGAUGAUUUCGGCGCUAUUGUGGAAAAAUUGUGGAAUGACUUGCGACCAUUGUACCUAGAAAUGCAUGCGUAUGUGCGACACAAAUUAAGAAAAGUCUAUCCUGGCAAAGUUGUCGAAGACGGUUACAUUGAAGCCCACUUGUUAGGCAACAUGUGGGCACAGAGUUGGGUUAAUAUAUUUGAUUUAGUGGAGCCUUACAAAAACAAAUCUAGUCUGGAUGUUACAUCGAAUAUGAAGACAGAUCCGCGGUAUAAUACUGCUGAGAAAUUGACCAAAUUGGCAGAGGAAUUUUUCCUGUCUCUUGGAUUAAAACGCCUUCCUGCUGCCUUCUACCAAAAGUCUUUGUUGCAGAAACCAAAAGAUCGGGGGGUGGUAUGUCAUGCUUCAGCCUGGGAUUUCAGGUUGUACAAAGAUGUGAGGUAA